AAGCUUAUGUAAACAUUUAGAAUUAUCGAUUUGGAAGUUAUGUGCAUUGAAACGAGGCGUUUUUGUCAUUGACAACGAUAGUCAACAUAACUUAGCUAAAAUUGGAGAUGAUUAUUAAACAUAGAAUUAAUUUGAAAGCUUGAGAACUGUGUUUACGUUUUGCUGUAAAUUAACAUGUUUUAAAUGACUGUGACACAAAAUUUGGAAUUGGGACAACUUUAUCAGUGAAUAAACAGUUCAGAUAACACAUUGAACAAAUUUUUCUACAAAAUGGCUACUGGUAGUCAAAUAGAUACGGAUAUUCUUUCCGAUGAAAUAUUUGAUGUAUUAUGUUCAAUGUGUAAAGAUAAAGGAAAAAAUACUGAAGGCGAAAAAUUCUGUGUAGAUUGCCACGAUUACUUUUGUAGAGCUUGUGUUCAAGUUCACAAUGAAGUACCUGUAUUAGUUGGUCACAAGGUGUUGGAUAAAUCCCAAGUUAAAUCAGGAACCAGUAAAGGUCUGCCGAGGGCACCAGCAGGGAGAUGUGACAGACACGGUCAUAAACCCAUUGAUAUGUAUUGCCAUAACCAUGAUAAUGUUGGCUGUUCUACAUGUAUGGCAGUUGAUCAUAGAUUAUGCAAGGAUACAUUCUACAUACCAGAACUUAUGCAAAAAAUAUGUACCAAGUUACAUCCGCAGUAAUACAAAGAAAACUCAAAAACAUAGCCAAGACCCUUGCUAAACAAUCUGAUAGAUUUAAACAGGAUAAACAAAGGCUGCUAAAGAGGAAAGCAGAAAUACUGGCUGCUAUCAGAAAAUUCCGUCAAGAAAUCAAUGACCAUCUUAAAGACAUUUUCUACAGUUUUAUGAAAAAUUAAUCCUUUCAUAGAAUUUUCUAAAUUUUUUGUAUGAUGAGUAAAAUUUAAUGACAAAUUUAAAAAUAAAAAGAAAAAUAUA